AUGUCGCUUUUCGCCAAAAAAUUGCAGUCGAUUUCCGCUGGCGGUUUUCGUGUUCAGCAAGCGCGUCUCGCCAGCAGCGAGGUGUCGUUCCACACGAAGCCGUUCAAACUCCACAAACUCGACAAUGGUCCGAACACGUCGGUGACGUUGAAUCGCGACGACGCGCUCAACUACUAUCGCCAAAUGCAAUUGGUGCGACGAAUGGAAUCGGCGGCCGGCAAUCUCUACAAAGAGAAGAAGAUUCGCGGCUUCUGCCAUUUGUACUCGGGACAAGAAGCGUGCGCCGUCGGAAUGAAGGCGGCGAUGACCGACGGCGACGCGGUCAUCACCGCCUAUCGCUGUCACGGUUGGACGCAUUUGCUCGGCGCGUCGGUCGCCGAGGUGCUCGCCGAGUUGACGGGACGAGUUGCGGGCAACGUGCACGGCAAAGGCGGCUCGAUGCACAUGUACACGCCGAACUUUUUCGGCGGCAACGGAAUUGUUGGCGCCCAACAGCCGCUGGGUGCCGGAAUCGCGCUCGCCAUGAAAUAUCGCGAGCAGAAGAAUGUGUGCAUCACACUUUAUGGCGACGGUGCCGCGAAUCAAGGCCAACUGUUCGAGGCGACCAACAUGGCGAAACUGUGGGAUUUGCCGGUGUUGUUCGUGUGCGAGAACAAUGGAUUCGGCAUGGGAACCGCCAUCGAACGAUCGGCGGCAUCGACCGAUUACUAUACUCGAGGCGAUUAUGUGCCGGGAAUCUGGGUUGAUGGAAUGGACGUGCUGGCGGUUCGCGAGGCGACGAGAUGGGCGAAAGAGUACUGCGACGCCGGCAAUGGUCCGUUGAUGCUUGAAAUGGCCACCUAUAGAUAUCACGGACACUCGAUGUCGGACCCGGGAACUAGCUAUCGUACUCGCGACGAGAUUCAGGAGGUGAGAAAGACUCGCGAUCCGAUCACUGGAUUCAAGGAUCGCAUUAUUACAUCGUCGUUGGCGACGGAGGAUGAGCUCAAGAGUAUUGAUAAGGAGGUUCGCAAAGAGGUUGACGAGGCAUUGAAGAUUGCGACGACUGAUGGCGUCCUUCCGCUGGAAGCUCUUUAUUGCGAUAUUUACCACAACACGCCGGCAUUGGAGAUCCGCGGAGCUACCAUCGACGAGACGGUUGUUCAGAAGUACAAGACGACCGAAGAGGUGUUGAAGGCUCUCGGACGCGCUUAA